GAGUUUUUGGACAUUAAUAGCGUAAUGGCUGUUGUCUUUGAAAACCAAGAUGACCCAAAAAGACGAAGGACCACCAUAAAUGCUAAAAACAAGAGGCGAGGGAGAGAGAGAGGAGAAAAGGCUAUCAAAGAUAUAUCUGGUAGUGUGGCCCCCUUGAGAGCAAGAGCCAUUGGAGGAGCUUCUUCAAUGGCAGUCUUGCUAAGAGCCCUAUGUCUCCUCCCUCUCUUAUUCCAUGUGGGGUUUGGACAAUUACUGCCAUUCUUUGGAGGAAAGUUUGGUAGCAACGAGGAUGAAUCAGAUUCAAAACCAGAUUUUGGUGCUGACUAUAAGGGUGAGUGGGAGGUGGUUUCUAAGGAUUCCGGGGUCUCCGCCAUGCACUUGAUCUUGAUGCCCAAAAACAACAAGGCCAUCAUGUUCGAUGCCACGGUCUUUGGUCCAUCAAACAUUCAAUUGCCUAAGAGUGAAAAUUGCCGUCCAGUUCCUGACAGCAAAACCAAUGAAAUUGACUGCUGGGCUCAUGCUGUGGAGUAUGACAUUGAAACCGCAGAAGUUAGGCCACUCAAGGUUUUGACAAACCCUUGGUGCUCCUCCGGAGGGCUGGCAGCAGAUGGCACCCUGGUGGGCACUGGUGGUUGGAAGGAGGGAGGAAAGAGCGUUAGACUCCUCUCUGGAUGUGCCACCUGCGAUUGGGAGGAUUCUCCAAAUGCACUUUCAGGAUAUAGAUGGUACGCAACACAGCAAAUUCUACCAGAUGGCAGCUUCUUCCUACUAGGUGGUCGUCGUGUGUUUAGUUACGAGUUUCUGUCAGCUCAAGGAAUAUCCAAUCGCAAAAGCUUUAACUUCCCAUUCCUCCGAGAAACCACUGAUCUUGCUGAAAAUAAUCUAUACCCUUUCGUCCACCUCUCCCCCGAUGGAAACCUCUUCAUCUUGGCUAACAACCGAUCAAUCCUUUUUAGCCCUACAAGUGGACAGAUCAUCCGUGAGUUCCCUGUCCUGCCCGGAGGCUCCCGCAACUAUCCGGCAUCCGGCAUGUCUGCUCUCCUGCCUCUAAAGCUCCAAGGCGGAAAUGCAAAAGACAUCCAGGCCGAAGUCCUGGUCUGUGGCGGGGCAAAACCUGAGGCAUUCAACUUGGCUGAGAAGAAAACAUUUUUGCCUGCUUUGAAAGAUUGUGGGAGAAUUCAAAUCACGAACCCCGCCGCCGCCUGGAAGAUUGAAACCAUGCCAUCACGCCGAGUCAUGGGUGAUAUGUUGCUUCUUCCAACCGGAGAUGUUCUAAUGCUCAAUGGUGCCGAACAGGGUACUUCCGCCUGGGGAGCCGCCGAGGUCCCCAACUUCACGCCAGUUCUUUACAGUCCCCAAAAGCCUAUGAACGAAAGGUUUACCGAGCUAGAGCCGACCUCAAUUGCCCGCAUGUAUCAUUCAUCGUCUGCAGUUCUUCCCGAUGGGAAAAUUCUAGUUGCAGGCAGCAAUACAAAUCCAGGAUACAAUUUCAAGGGUGUGAAAUACCCCACUGAGAUGAGGGUCGAGAAGUUCUCACCACCUUACUUGGAUCCAUCACUCCAAGCUCACAAGCCAGUGAUCCUCCAAGAUUUCUCACAGGCCACGUUGAGAUACGGGCAAAAAUUUUUGGUGAAGAUCAAUUUAAGUGGUUGGGAUGUAGAGACGACGGAUAUAAAGGUGACAAUGUAUGCACCACCAUUCACGACACAUGGGUUCUCCAUGAAUCAAAGGUUGCUGAUCCUGGGGAUGAACAAUGUGAACCAAUCGUUUCUAGGAUUCUAUAAUAUUGUGGUAACGGCGCCGCCAUCGGGGACAAUUGCCCCGCCGGGGUAUUAUCUUCUCUAUGUUGUUCACCGGGGUGUGCCCAGCACUGGAAUGUGGGUUCACAUCCAGUAGAAAGGGUUCAAAAGCUUGGGCUUCCUUUGUGUUCCUUGACGUUUUCCUCUUUGACGAAUGUAAGCUUCCUUUGUGUUCCUUGACGUUUUCCUCUUUGACGAAUGUAGAUCCAUAAGCCGUAGAAAAAAUUCAGAAGCUUGAUUA